ACACGCCGACAAGCCACCGUAUCCAGCAAUUAGUACUUUUACUCAUAACGAUUUUUACUUUCCACACUGCACUAACCAGACAAGCCCUUUUCAAACGGUCGAAAGCCGCUGCGCGCGCCAGUUGCCCUGCGCCGACGCAUGGGGAAAUUGUUAUAUAUGUACUAACGUGCCGUUGCCUUUCAAAAGGCGGCUUUAAAAAAAUAAAGUGUUGUUGGAGUUUUGGAUUUAGACUUUGCGUUUUUGUUUUGAGAGCAGUUAAAGUUGGAUAGCUAAAACUGGACUGAAUUUCGCAGUGUUUAUUUUAAAUGGUUUAUUGACGACAGGAAAACAACACUGAACCUGAGAAUUAUCAAGAUAUGUUAGCAGACUCCAGAAGCGUACAACCCGCCGAAAUGCGUUGACGUCAACCAACAAUGAUCCGCGGGGUGACGUGAACAUGGCUUGCUAUGUCUACCUCCAGAAGGUUCUAGACAUGGACAGAGAGUGCAGAGAAGAUAACGAGUGAUGAUGAAAAUGGAGAGGUUGCGGAUGGAGAUCCUUUGGGUUGCUGCUAUCAUUCAGUUUGCAAUGUGUACCACAGCAACAAACGAUAUCUCGACCUCAGUACAGACGGACUCAGGCGCAUACGCGUGGAGCGCAUGGGGUGCUUGGAGCCCGUGUUCCAGGACGUGCGGCGGUGGCGUGGCCGUUCAAAAGCGCGAGUGCUUGCCCAGGCCUGGGUCCACUAAUACGACGCUUCCAACGCCGACCGUGCGGGUAUCCAGGCAAACCCGCGGCGCGGACUGCGUCGGGGUCGCGAGGAGAUAUCACCAGUGCAAUAUGGCUCCAUGUCACACUGGGGUCGCGAGUGCAUCAGACAUGCGAGCCGAGCAGUGCUCAGCGUAUGAUCGCCGGCCGUUCCGGGGGCGGUUUUACACCUGGGUCCCUUAUAUAGACGGCGAUUCUCCAUGCACCCUGAACUGCAGACCUCUUGGCAAGCAUUUCUACGCUUCACUAGCCCUGGUGGCGGAUGGAACUCCCUGCACCAGGCCUAGUCUCCGAGCCAUUUGUGUCCAGGGGUCUUGUAAGGUAAGAGUUAAGGACCCAUUGACUAGGCUUUACCUCUUGGACGAUAUAAACCAUCAGUAUCUGAGUCUUCAGCAGAAGCAUUUCUACGCUUCACUGUCCUUGGUGGCGGAUGGAACUCCCUGCACCAGGCCUGGUCUCCGAGCCAUUUGUGUCCAGGGGUCUUGUAAGGUAAGAGUUUAG